GCAGCCGGCAACAGCAUGGCUUCAGGAUCAGAGGAAGACGAUGGAGUUAUUCCCCUGGACAUUGAUAAUGUUCACAUGCUCUUACAAGUGGAGCAUGAACAGAUCCAGAAAAGGACAUUUACCAACUGGAUAAAUGCUCAACUUGCCAAGAGAUGUCCACCUUCAUAUGUGUCAGACCUGUUUUUGGACCUCAAAGAUGGUUCCCGGCUGCUGGAUCUGUUGGAAGUGAUGAGCGGUCAGUCAAUGAAAAGACAGAGAGGUCGAGGAGUUUUCCAGCAGAGGGCCAACAUUGAGACAGCACUAAACUUUCUCAAGAGAAAAUCUAUCAAGCUGGUGAACAUAAAUAUUCCAGACAUCAUAGACGGACGUCCAUCCAUCAUUCUUGGCCUCGUGUGGACCAUCAUUCUCCGCUGUCAUAUUGAGGAGCUGGCCAGUGCUCUGUCCUUUAGCUCCCGCCAUUCCUCCCUCGACUCUGUAGCGAGCUUAGACUCCUGGUCUGGAAGCCCCAUCCCAGCCAGUCCAGUCCCUUCUGGUCGGGUAUCACCUCUUCACCGACGGUUCCGCGUUUCCGCCAAAAAGGCCCUGCUCAUGUGGGUCAGGGACCAAUGCAAAAAGGUUAAUUGCACCGUCAACGUGAAAGACUUUAAGUCCAGCUGGAGAAGUGGGGAGGUCUUUCUGGCCAUCCUGUGCUCACUCAGACCAGAACUGGUGGAUCUAUCAAAGACCCAGACCAGAAGCAGUCUGGAGAACUUGGAAGAAGCCUUUCAUCUGGCUGAAAGGGAACUCCACAUUCCUCGCCUCCUGGACCCCCAAGAUGUUGAUGUUAAGGAUCCUGAUGAAAAGUCCAUUAUGACUUAUGUUGCCCAGUUUCUGCAGUACUCCAAUGACAUGCCGUCGCCUGAAGACCACCUGCAGGUGUCACCUAGUGAGCAGACACAGGAUGUGACUUGUUGGCUGCAGGAGGCCUAUAAGGAGAUUUCAGAAACAUGGACAGCCACAGAGGGAUCAACUUAUGCCGAAAAAUAUCAGGUAUAUGAAAGCCUUACUGCUUCCUUUGCUGAGCAGAGAAGAUCGGUUAUGCGUCUCCUUGCAGCCACACGACGAUGCCCAGAACUAGACCAAGAACAGAAAGCCCUGAGGACAGCAUGGGAGCGACUGGAGCAAGAACUCCGAAGGUGUGAAGCCGAUGUGGAGCAGAGUCUCCCUCCUCCUCUGGACUCGGUCGCCAUGUGGCUGCAGAGAGGAGAGGCUGCGCUAACAGAAGAGGGAAGGACAGCGAAAGAUCAUGCAGAAGCUGCCAAACAGGCAAGAGCAAAGCAAGACCAACUAAAGACAUUAAUCAAGGAGAUGAAUCAUUAUGUGAAGCUCACUGAUACUUAUCAUAAUGUGGAUGAUUCCGGAAAUAUGGCAGUGCCUCAAGAAAAGCUUGGAGACAUAAAGAACCGUGUGACUGGCAUUCGAGUUUCUGCAAAAUAUGAAAUCAUAAAACUAGAAUAUGAGGAAAAUUACCACACGGUGCUGGAUCUCCUGAGAGAAGUCAGGGCGAAGGUCCAGACCUGGAAAGCUCCUUACACAUCCCAGGAGUCCGUUCAGGUUCUUCUGCUCGACUGGCAUGAAACAAUAGAGCAUCAGGGAUUGCUCUUAAUUUUGAUAGAUGCUCUCCAAAGCUUGAAGGACAAGAUGAAUGUUUAUACCAGCAAAGCUUCUCUAGGUGGAAAUUCCCAGCGUGUCACUCGUCAGGUGAAGGAAGCAGAAAGCGAAGCAGAGCAGGUGAAACAGAGUACGGCGACUGCUAAGGAAAUGAUGGAGAGAGUGGUGUCUGCAUGGGAUGUGUACAGUAAGAGCCUUUCUUCUCUUGAGGCAUGGCUGGCUCAAUCUACAGCUGCAGAAACGCAGGGUGUGAGCGAGUGGGCUUCAUGUCAUGCUCAGUUAAAUGAGGUGGGAAACUUCCUUAUUGAAAUGACAGAAGCUUCGGUUAGAGUCACUUUGGUGAAACAAAUCAGCAAAGUCAACCUGCAGUGGGCUGAACGCAUGAAAAAGACUGUGUUUGAAGUACUUUCAGUACCCAAAGUUGGUUCCUCUUCUAUCCAGAUGUCAGAUUCAUUAAUACAAGAGGCUAACUUGCUCAUGAGACUGCCACUGGAGGUAUCUUCAGUCCCUUUGAAGGAUAUGAGACAAAAACUACAGUCCAUGAGAACAAAGCUUGGAGAGGUAGAUGUGUCGUCUAACAUCCCUUCUGCAGACCUUCAAACACCCCUUAAAGAAAACCUGAAGAAAACUCUCCUAAAGCUUGCUGAAGCCGAAAGGUUGUGUGGGGAACUGCAGAGAGGAGCAUCCAAACUUGAAGGAUGUGUGGCUGAACUGGAUCACUGGAGCACAGAAGCCCUGGACUGUUAUGAGCAGCUGAUGGAAAAGAAACGCAAAGGAGGGCGCUCUGCAUUUGAUUCUGCUGCCAAAGUGUUAAUCUCUCGUGGGAUGAUGCUAACACAGCAGGUGGUAGCUGAGUGGCAGUGCCUGGAAGACUUUGUUUCUGAGCAACAAAAAGCCUCUUUGCAACAUUUAAGUACAGCUGACAUGCAGGUCCGGAUUGCAGCCACCGUCUCUCAAACUCAAGAGAUACUUGAAAAGUUAAGUUCCUGUGGAUUCAAGAAGCAAAUUGGUGACUUCUGUGAACAGAUACAAUUGUCUGAAACUCUCCAUCCACAAACUGGGUCAUAUGUUCAGGCCAGAACCAAACAGAUUGUUCAGGCCAGAACCAAACAGAUUGUUAAUGUUAAACGGCAAAUUCCAGAACUGGUUCAGGUUCCUGAUCAGGGAACAACACGUCCGCAGGUUUCAAAACUCCAGCCAUCAAGCACAGAGGAGAGGAAAGGGACUGUAUCCCUGGUGGAAAUAAAAACCACGCCUGAGCCUGUCAUGGUACCAUUACGCCAGCAUCAGUGUUCUGUUCAAACUGAACGUCCUGCUCUGUCUAUACAUGCAGCAGGGUCAGUUACAGUGGAAACGAAGCGUGCAUCUUAUUCACACGGUCAAAGUAUCAAACAAAAGUCGGGAACAGCGUCACAACCAAACAUCAAACUGGCACCAAGUCAAACCCAGCCACCGCCGAUGAUCCGCAGUGAGGUUCAUUCUAAAGCCCAGUCGAUGGCCAGGAGCAGACUGGAGAAGGCCAGGGUUCGCCUGCAGGGACGCAUACAGCAAGCUAUAAAAUUAUUCGGUGGCAGAGAGAUGACUGAGUCACACAUCAAGAAAAAACAGAAAGCUCUUAACAUUCUUCAGCCUGCCAUGCUCGAGGAGUUUCUGGGGGCAGUGGAAGCUUUUGGGGCCUUCUGUUCAGGGCCGCAGCUCCAGGACUUGAUGCUUCUCUCUGACUCAGUCAGAAACCAGUGGGAGGGUGUGCGCCGGGAAAUGGCUGACUUUAUUUCCAUCCAAAAAUGUAAAAUCAAAGUAGAGCAGCCAUUUUCUGUUGGUAUAACUUUUACUAAUGCUCUGCAUGAAGCUGCUGACCAGACUGACCUCAGUUCCUUGCAGCACGGCCAUCAGGACGUUACCCAGGGGACUGGGUCAAUAGAGGAACGUUUUCAAGUCCUUGGAGAACUUUGUGAAACCCUGACACUAGAGAAAUCCCCCGACUUGCCAACAGACCCACAGACAGAACCUGACAAAGAGCAGAAAACCCAACUUAGUUUGGCAACAUUCCUGCCUAAGAGCAGGGGACGGCAGCUUGAGGUAAACACCCCACUGAGUCUGGCCGACAUGCAGCCGAGCUGCAGUCUCACUCCAGUGCAGAGCCUUGACAGGGCACAACAAGACAUCUUGCCCUUAGGCAAGGGAGUGCAUGCUCAAAGACUCGAUGACGCCCUCCAGCUGCGAGUUCAGGACGUCCCAUCAGGGAAGACGGACCACCUGAUGCAGAGCCAAGGAGACGGGUGGGAGAAAAAGGAGAAGCCUUCACUACGAGCUGAAGAGCAGCUGCUGCGAGCUCGCCUGCUGCACCUUCCAGAGAGCAAUCAGCAAGCACAAAGUCACAUACAGGCAGUUGUUAGGAGUAACACUGUGGAGAGCAAACAGGAGGCAGAAUGGACCGUCAUCCCAGAACCAGCUGUCCUAACACAGAUGGAGCCCCCUCCUAAAGAGGAUCCACAAGGAAGAAAAAUAGAGCCUCUGAAAAAAGCCUCUUACCUGAUGGAGUCUGCAGACAAUUGGAGGACAAUAACAGCACAUAAACUGGAUCAGAUCGUCAGGCGCUCUGUGGACGUCUCCUCUUUAGUGUUGGUUGAAUCCACAGUGUUUUCAGAGCUUAAGGAGAUUGACGAAACACUGAAGGAGGAAAUGGGAAAGCUGUCAAAGCGGGGGUCAUCGCAGCCAUCCCUCUGCCAGCCACUUCUCAGUGAUUUUUCUCAUCUGGAGCAGCUCAGACAGCAGCUGGAGGAGGUUCAGUCCACUAUACGGGACCUGGAUAACUUCCUGGCCACCCUGAAAAACAUCAAGGCUGAGAACCCAACCCUGAUGGCGAACUGGGACCCCAAUAAAGAAGGGGAAAGACUAUCUGGACAGUCAACAAUGGCGAGACUGAAGCAUGCUACGGAGAAAUCUCAUAUUAUUGACGAUAGUUUAAAGGCAAUGGGGAUGACUCUGACCAUGGAUGGUACUUCUGUUACAUGUCAGGUGUUGGUAGACCUUGUGUUUGAGCAGAUGACAUCCAGAAGGAAAGAAAUCCAAAACAGAGAGGAUAUGGGUCUCAAAGAUACAUGGAGAAAUGAUUCAGCAAAGCAAGACCAGGGCCAGUCUGCUACAAGUGUUAAAGAAGAAGAAGAAUCAAUGUUGGAGGUCAAAAGGAUGAAACAGGAAGGAGACGAUAAAUCAGAAAUGCAAAAGCUUCAAGGAGACAAAGUUCAGGUUUGGGGAUCCGAAGAGGGUUUCUCAAAAAACAAAGACCAGAGGCAAAGAACCACCAACAGUCAGGCUGGGAGAGAUGAAAAUGAUCAUGAGAGUUUGGUUCAGAGAAAAUCUGCGUUAUUAGAUGUGCUGAGAGAGACCAAGGCAACAGCAGAGAGGCUGGAGCUAAUGGAAGCCUCAAUACCUGCUCUGCAGCAGAGGACGCGUGCUUUGACAGAGCUGGAAAGCCGUCUUGCCAACCUCGGCUCUGAGGUACAGUAUAUACGUGAUGCUUUUUCAAAACCAGGAAUUGCAGAGGAGAACCAGAGCAGUGAAUCCGAGGGUCUCUGGAAGGAGACGAUGAAAGCCACAUCAGAACGGUUGGAGCAGACUGUUUUCCUGACAGAGCUGCUGAGGAAAUUUCAGAGCAUGCACAGUGAGCUUAGUGGCACUCUGCAGAGGGCUGAGACAACCAUAGGUGAACAAGCAUCCUACAUAGGAAGAGACUACCUGCAGAGGCUAAACUCUAAGGUUAAGGAAACUAAAGAAGAGUUGAAUGGUCUUGGGGAUGACAUAGAGGAGGUCCGCUGUAUCUCUAGACAAUUUCAGUCUCUCCUGUGUCAGAUCCCAGGCUGCAACGCUGCUCCAUUUGAGAGGGAAGCAGAUGCACUCAUGGAUCGCUGGCUGGAUUUAUCUGAAAGAACCGAUUCCCACCUUGAAAACUUCCAUCUUUGUUUGACCAUAUGGGAUGGACUCCUGCAGAUGGGGGAAGAAGUGGAGAGUUGGACCAAAAGUAGAAUAGCUGUGCUUUCUCAGUGUCCAUCUUUCCAAACUGAGGACGACUUAAAGAGAUUGCAGAAUGAGAUUAUGACCCAAGAGGAGAGUGCAGAGCGUUUCCACCAAAGAGUUGCUGAGAUUCAGUCGCUGCUUCAAAGCGCAGAGACUCCUCUGGAGCUGCAGGUGGCUGAGACUCAGAUGAAUAAGAAAAUAGAGCAAGUGAAGGAGCUUUUUUUGGAAAGUAUGGAGGUGUAUAACCAGAUGGUGGCCACUAUGGGACAAAUUUCUGAAAGGAUGACAGAAUCGCUCAGCUCCCUCCAGAGGAUUCAGGACUCCCUCCACAAUCUCUCUGGUCAUGAUGUUGAGACGGUGCUGGGGAAACUUAAGGAAUUAUGUCGGCAGCUCCACACUGAAGAGGAACAGGUGCAGAGUUUGCUGGAGGAUGUGCAGGUUCUGGCCUCCAUAGCCACACCUGAGAGCCUCCAGAGUCUGUCUGUCAGUGGGAUUAAGCUGGAAGAGAAGAUCAAAAACACUCACCAGCUUUUCUCUGAAGUGGAGGAGCAGACUGAGAGGAAUAUAAAACAUCUGGACAGGCUGCGUAUGGAGAAGGAGCAGCUGGAAAAGUGGCUUCACACAGCUGAGGAAAAGGCACGGAAGGUGAAGGAUCGUUCACUUCUGCAAGAGGAAAUUCUUCAUGAAAGGGGGAGGACAGAGCUUAUAGCUAAGCUUGUAUCAUCUUUAAGAAGCAGCAACCUUCCUCAGUCUUUGCUUCUGGAUCAGAGCAGUGAACUGCUAGAACGAUACCACAACCUUCUCACAAACAUCGGAAGUGGCUUACAAGAGGCGACCACCUCGGUGACAAAUGAUUUGGAAAUAUUUCAGGGUUUGGUCAAAUCCAUUCAGUCGUGGCUUGAAGAUCUGAGACAGAGUGUGGACUUUCCUCUCGCUGAUGCUUGUGAAAUAAGGACUUCAGCAGAGCAGAGUCUUCAUUGUGCUCUGACUGUGUUAAAUGUAACAACAGUAGCAGAAGGUCGCCUAAAGGAGCUCAGAGUUACUGGAGAUUGUCUGAUCCAAAGAUUACAGGAAGAAGACCUAAAACAAAAGGUUCAGGCAACGAUUCAGAAAACAGAGGAAGAGUGGAAGAACCUUUUAGAAUCAGUUCAGCCUUAUUACAGGGCGCUGCAAGAUGAUUUAGAGCUCACCUCGCUGUAUCUGACCAGCAGACAAGAGGCCUGCUGUAAAGUGAAGGAGCUGCAGCUCCAGGCUGAACAGCUUUCUGCUCCCUUCCCCUGGCCGGGCACAGCUGAGCGUGCACAGGCCUCCCUCCUGGCCCGUCAGAUGGAGGCUGAAUCCGAAUCACUGAACUUAACCCUAAUAAACCUGGAGGAGAAGAGAAAUGAGCUGGCUAACAAAACCAGGAACCCUGUGUGGAAAGAUUUCUCCUGGGAUGAGUUAGAGACCCGUCAGUCAGCACUUAUGGCAACAAUAAAGGGUUUAUGUGCCCGGCUUGAUAAAGGUUUGAGUGAUGAAGAACACUUUGACCAGUUACUGAAAGAGUGCCGCCAUCGUUUGACAGCUCUUCAUGAGAAGACAGCAGCCUUCCAAAGCCAAAAGGACAGCUUAGGCGGUCUCAAGCCUGAUGCAGAAGCUCUGGAGGCUUUGCUGAAACAAGUUGCUGAAAUUGAAGAAGAUCUGUUAUUGCUUGUGACGCUGAGGGACUCCUUUAUAGCCUGUUCCACAGCAGAAGGCCAAGCCAGCCUUUCAGAUCAGAUCAGUACUCUUCAAAACCACAAGAGGGCAAUAGAAUGUGGCCUCAAAGAACUCAUUCAACCCUCAAUCCUGCAGGAGGAAAAACUUCAACAAGUUAGGAGAAAAGCUUUUCUCAUACAGACAGAUCUAAGCAGUCUGGCCAAAAAUGUGGAGGAGCUGUCUGUGUUGCCAGAUAUCCGCCAGGUGACACAGCAGCAGCAGGCAAUGCAGGACUGUGAUAAAAGGAUGACAGAGUUGGCUACCAGAGUUAAUGACCUGAAGAGGAUGAGAGAAACACAGGAAACGCUUCCUGCAGAGGCGGCUUUUACCAUCAGCACUGUUUUAAAAGACCUUUCCAGCCUCAAGUCAGUUUUCAACAAGAAGAAGCAAGAAUAUUUUGAAGCAACCGCUGAGACAGUAAGAGGACUCAUCGGAGAGCUAAAGCAAUGCAGCCGAGCCGCACAAGUUCCAACAUCAUCACGCAGUCAGGUUGAUCAGGAUAAAUGUUUCCAGCUUCAACAGACACUUUGCGACGUUCUCGCCAAGCGGGGCAUUUUUGUAGAUAUUCUUGGAGAAGAAGUGAUGAAAACUGCAUCAGAGGUUCUCAAUGAAAGUCAACAAUUAAGUGAUUCUCUUUCUAAACGCCUGGUCGGUUGUGAACGAAUGCAAAUGGAGGAGCGGCCAAACCAAGGUGAAGAUGGCUGUUUAAGCGAUGAAGAUGGAACCACAUGUUUAGAUGUAGAUGAAAAAGCUGCAGACAUGUGUGAUUUUGCAUCAACACCUGCAACAGACACAGACAGUCACCAAAAUGGUGACAAAAGCCAGCAUUUAACCCAACCUCAAACCUGUCUACCAGGAGCGUUAAAGGAGGAAACUGAUCCCACCAAAUCGACUCAAGAAGACAGCUCUAUUAUGAGUAAAAGAGGAAGUAUCAUGGAGGUUAACAAAGAUGAUGAUUUAGCUAACAUUCAAGCACCGUGCUCUGACAGCAAAAUUGUGUUAGAAACAAAAGUACCUUCAUUUGGUUCAGGAAAAAUAAACCAACAGAUUUCAGCUGAGUCAGAUUAUGAUAAUCAAAGUCAACUGGGGGUGAUACCUUCUGGUAAUACUACAGAGAUAUUUACAACCGAGACGCAAAGUAUUGAAGUGUUGCACAGAGGCUUUACCUCAGCCUUGGUCUUAGAUCCAUCUGAUUCAGACAGUCCCAACAGCAGCAGUAAUUUACCUAGAAUCACAUCACUAAAAGAAUCAACUGAAUCAACCGUUCAGACCAUUUACGAUGUGGGUAAACAUCUCCCAACAGAAUCCGAUAAAUUUGAUGCCUUUAAAGAAAAACAUUCUGUGAGCUCAACAGAAGUAUUUAUGGUCAAACCUGAGGUGGAGACUGAAAGAAUGCAGCAAGAGGAAAACACGACUAUGUGCAAUCCAGAUGUGCUUAGGUGCAGUCAGGAAAAAGAUCUGACUGAAUUCCCUCAGAAAGCAACUGGAUUCUCCCCAGUAGGAGUCCAUCCAGAGUCAGACAAACCUCCCUGUAUGAAAGCUGCACAUUCAGAGGCUUUUAAGGAAGGUCUCUGUGCAAAGGAAGACAGGCAUGAUAAGCUAGUCAGUAGAAGUCAAGAUAAAGUGUUCACCGUAGUGUUGGACAUGCAUUCAUGGGACAUACAACCAAGUGGAUACACUGGGGCCAGCAGCCCAGAUGGUUUCAGGUGGUCCCUAGAGGCUCAACACUGUGAUAUAAAGCUGGAAGAUAAUUCAAACAGUGGAUUUAGUGAGAAGAAACCAACAUGUUUACCCAUUUCAGGCAGCCCUGGGUUGCAUGUUAAAGAACUGGAGUCUGAAGCAACCUCCCUGGUUUCCCAAAUUAAAAGUAAGGAGAAUCAAUCAACCCAAUCAAAGUAUGAAGAGGCGCUGACAUUGUCUAAAUCACAUACGUUUGAGACUGAGCAUUCAGCUGAAACAACAUUCCCAGUCAGCAAAAAGGAGCAGAACAUCUGUCAAGCUGAAGGAAAACCUGAGAGCCCUGCCCUGUGCUCUGCAGAAGAUCCAGUGCCAAAUCAAGGGGAAACCGAAACUGCAAUACAAAUGAAUACAAGUAACAAUAAACACAUCAUGACUGGUUACGGUGGAAUGAACACAGGUGAGGGGGCAGCGCAGGGAGGAGCUUCUGAUUCUGAAUGCACAGAUGGGAAACACUGUGCAACACCAACGGGACGAGAGAGUCCUUCACUGCUAGAUGGACAAAACAAACGGAAACCAAAUGGAGUGCUGCAGGAAACUGUGUUACCACUGGUGAAGUCUCAGAGCAGAGAAAGCAUGGAGCCUGAGAGGAACCUGCCGGGGUUACAAUGUGGUCCUGGUGCUGAAGAGCUGACAGGUGGAUCACAAGGAACCUACAACUACAGUUCCACCUUACAAGAAAGAUUAUCUGAGAUUCAAGGCUCAGUGGAGCAGAGUCACAUCAUAAAGGGGACACCUCAUAUGGACCUAAACCUAAAGUCCUCCCCUGGUGAUGCAGACAUUCGAUUAGCACGGACGGUUCAGCAUGUUUUGGCUUGCCGAUAUCAGCCAGCACAGCUAAAUAGCACAGCAAUGGCUAAACAAUUAAAGGAUGCCAGGGAAUUAAGGCAAUCUGUGCAGGAGCAAAUGGCUGCUAUCAAAAGCAAUGCAGCAACAUUUUCAGAUCCAAAGGCUUUAGAAAGAGCUGAGAAAGAAUGGAGUUCAGCCUUACUGGAUGCCUCUGCCACCGUGCAAGUCAAAGAGGCUCAGCUGGAUCAGGUUAAGCAAUAUCACCUGAAGAAGAAGAUCAUCACAGCUUUCCUUGAGGUUAUAGCAGCGGAGAAGGAAAAACUGAGCCUAAAUGCCUUGGAAAGCAGUUCCCUUCUGGCUGAAAAACUGCAUGCACUGCUGCAAACAAUGGAACAGAAGGAAUCAAUGAUAGAAGAUUUUCUCUGCUUAAGUAGCCAGUUGUCAGUCCACUUGAGUGAUGCAGAGACUUCCGUUGUUUUUGCUCAACUUGGACAUUUUCAGGAGGAAUGGAGGCUCCUUAAAGGAAGCAUCAAAAGAGCUGAUCAACAGGCAUCAAAUUCCGCAUGUCAGGCAAAGCUUAUUAUAAGCGAGACUGAAAAGCUUAAAACCAAACUUGAAGCUCUUUUGAAAUUCAAAAAUAACAAUAUAAGUUCUUCAGACCUGGAUGGUCUGACCACAGACCUAAAAGUGUACCAGCAGCUCUACCUACAUUUGCAGUCUCAGGCGGCUGUCCUCAUUCGUUUUUCUCUGGGUCAGAAGGAAAAAACUGCAAUUGAAGAAAAUCUUCAUAAUCUAAAAUCCUUGCUCUGUGUCACUAAACACAAUCUUGACUCUUUAGCAGAAAGCUGUGAAGGCAGUUCUCCAAGUAAAAUUAACAACCAACAUCAACAGUUGAUCAUUUUGAUCAAACAAGCAGAAAAUCAUAUUUUUUCUGGGAAAAGGUUGUCUCUUUCUCCUGAGCAGGCUUGUCUUCAGAUUGCUGAAAUGAGGGAAUAUCAGAUGCAAGCUUUGUCUAGACAAGAUAAGAUACAGACGCAGGUUGGAGGGCUGAGAGAUGAAGUGUCUCAAUUGGAAAAUGGAGACCCUGGAGUAUGUAAAACAGCAGACCUGAAUAAAACUCUUGUUGAAAGAUUUGAUCACGUUCUUGAAACCAUGAAAAAUGCCCUUGAUGAAAGGAAGAAAGUUUUGUGUGAGUUUUCCAGCUUGGAUGGCUGGGAAUCAGAAACAUGCAUGAAAAGAGAGUCCUGCAUCCAUGUAAGGGAUGUUUCGAAAGCUGACCUCAGUGAUUUAGAGAGGGAGCUGAAAAGUCAUCAGUCAGCAGCAGUCAAGUUGGAGACCAAACUCAAAUUAGUGGAUUCACUUUCAGAGCGAUGCACAAAAUUAGCUGUCGAGCUGAGUCUUUGUGAGAACCUUUACCUUGUCGACAGGCUUUCAGGCCUUUGGGCAGAAUUCCAUGGACAGCUAGCUCAUGAGAAAGCCAUUUGCUGGGAACUGGAGGUGCUAAUCCAUGAGAGAACAUCCUCUAAUGAGGAGUUAUCGACCAUCAAGGCUAACUUAGAGCAAACAUCUCUUGCUUUGGAGAAACAGAACUUCUCUUUGACUGAUCUGAAUAAUACUCUGUCAGUGAUUACACAUUUACAGCACAAGCUAAUAGAACAUCAGUGGGAGGUUCAAGGGCUUCAACAUUGCCAGGAGGAUCAAAGAAACUCUGUGCUGUGCCUCAUUGGGGAACUGAAUGACCAGUGCAAAAUUCGAAGAAUAAAUGCUGUUGAUCAAAGCAGAUACUUAUACCUCAGAGGACAAACGGAGGCAUCCAUGGAAUGUACCAAAAGGCAAAUCGAGGAGGCUAAAAAUCAGUCAGUGAGCAUUGCUAAGAGAUUAAGACUGUGUCGGACAUUGCUGGUUGAACUUACCCUGGUCAGUAUUCAAUGUCAGGAUACCACCAAUCAGUUGGAAGCUAUAGCCAAUGAGUUGCAGUCAACUGAGCUUCAUUCAGAGAGGGAAAAGCUUCAGCACAUGGUAGAAACGCUGAACUCCUGGGAGCAUUCUGUCACGGACGAUAUGAAAAAUCUGGAGGCACAGCUUUUGACAGGUCUUCAAUUUUCAUUUGAACUUCCCACAUUGAUGGAGCUGUUACAGAGAGCUAAGAGGCAACUGGAAAAAAUCAAACAAGUCCAGGUAGAUGAAAAAGCAAUAGAUAAUGCCAUAUCACAGUGCUGCUUCAUUAGGACAAAUGUAGAGUCUGGGAUGCGAGUGUUGGAAAGCCUGGCACAGAAAGAUAACCUCAACCUGGAAGACUACAAGGAGCUGUAUUCUCUCAGAGACGUUGUAAUGCAAGAGGGUCAUUCAUUGAUGGUCAAUCUGUCUCAGGCCAGGGAAUCCUUUAAAGACUAUCAAUGGGCUGCUCAAGGAGCAAUAGGUUUCCUUCAUAAUGCAGAGGCAACCUUCUUGUCUGCUCCAGGGGGGUUUUUGGAUUGUACCCAGGAGCAAAGACAGACCCAAGAAGCUUUGGAGGUUCUUGAAGAUGGCUUUCAAGCUCACAUUCACCAUCUUGUGGAAAAGGUGCCCCAGCAUAGCUGCCUCUCAUGGCCAGAGACUGAGAGCCUUCAUAUCAGCAUCCUCAGCCAGUUGCUAGUUGGGAGAGCUGUUUUGGAAGCUCAGGCAAAACUCAGACAGGAAUGCUUGGAGAGGUGUGAAAUAAGGCAACAAACCCAUAAAAAGUGGCAUGAAGACGUUAAGCAGGAACUCUUACAUCUUGAAUCCAAAAUUUCAGAAUGUGCAUCAGAGCUGGUGACAUCAUAUGACGAGUGCAUCACUCAGCAGAAAAGAGCUAAGGUUCUAAAAGAAGAUCUUCAAACCAUGGCUGGAAAGUUGGAUGACCUGAAUGUUGGAUGUCCAGUUCAGGGUUGUGGAGUUGGAAAGGAUGGUGAGCUUGGUGCCCUCUGGAGACACUGGACGUCGUUAAGACGAGGCGUGGGCCUCCUGUUGGCCCGUGCAGAACAGAAGGGAGAGGAAUGGAAGGACAUUACAACAAGCAUGGAGCAGAGUUGCAGCUAUUUGGCCAGUCUUCAGGCUGAGCUGCCAGACGCCUCCAGUGUGAGUUUCUCUCAAAAGGAACCCCAAGAGCUUCUGGCGCAGGUGGAGCUGCACCUGUCAGGUUUGGAUCAGGAGCAGCAGGCACUUUUGUUCCUGGAACAUCGGCUGAUGCACGCUUUGGGCCUAAAGUUUUCCCAGGAUUCCAUCAACCUUGGACAGAUUGGCAACACACGGGAGAAGAUCCAAGAGAGCAUUAGGAGCUUGAAAGAGAAAAGCCUUCUUCUUAAGGCUGCAGCAGAAGAAGAGGAGAAAAAGAGACUUCAGGUUCAAGAAGAAAUACAAGAUGUAGAGAAAAAAAUGUUUGCAGUCUUAUCAAAGCUGGAAAUGAGUUCAAAUCUAAUCAAAAAGCAGGAAUUGCAAGAAAACAUUUUCUGUGUAAAGAGUCAACUUGAACUUCUCAUGGGAAGCCUGGAGAGUCGAUAUACAGAAAUCCCAACAGAUAUCGGAAAAAAGAUGCAAAAUCUCAAACAAUUUGCGCAGAAUGCCGAAGAAACGCUUUUGGAAAUGGACAACCCAGUCAGGAUUCUGUCUCGUAGAGUGAAGGAACUGGGUUCUGGUUUGGAUAAAAUAAAAACAUUACUGGAGCAGAGAAGUCCAACAAUUAAAGAAGCUCAGGAUGUCCUCAAGUGUGUGUGGGAUGAACUGGAUGCUUGGCAUAGCAGCUUAAUGCUCCUCGAGAGUGAAGUGCAGGAUCUUGCAGAAGACCACCCAAAUGAGGCCCAGGUUCUAAUGGACCAGCUCACAGAACCAUCUCAGCUCUAUCGGAAUGCAUCCCUGAUGGCUGAAAACCGCACCUCCUUCCUCAGCAAGAUUCCAGCCUGCCUUCAAGAGUUUGAAGACACAACAGACAGAGCGUCCAGCUGGAUAGCAGAAGCUCAGUCAUGGCUCAGCACUCCCUGCAUGUUUACAACAGCUAAAAGUCUGCACAAUCAUGUCAAGUAUAUACAGUUGAUCCUGGAGGACUCGAAGAGGAUCAGACAGACCCUGAAAACGUUUAAAUCAAUGCUGGAGGAGAUCUCUGCUGUGUGUGACGUCAGCAGUCAGGAAGAAAGGCUGGACCAAAGAGACCAAGAGGUUCAGGAAAUGCUACAGACCAUCAUUCAGCCACUCGCAGAACUUCAGCAGCUCACUGAGAUAGUAGAGAUGGUUGAAGCUGACAUUAAGGGUAUGGAGAAAAACGUCACAAAAAUAAGGACCAUAUUAUACUCCAUGGACAAUGAAGACAUAACUCUGACCGAACAUCUCUACCACUGUGAGGCAGUAUUGUCCCAGAUUCAGACAAUGCAGCAGAGGUUAGAAGAUAUGGAGAAUUGGAAAAUGGAGGUCAACUUCCCUGAAAGAGCAGAAAACCUGGUGGUCUUCUCCAAAGCCAGAGUGCUUAUUGAACAGCUGGAUGAGUUGGAGCAAAUAACCAUGGAGCAAAAGUCUCUGCUGGAGAGCAAAAUAGAGGAACAAGAAUCAACUGUCUCUAGUUCUCCUGAAGAGAUACAGGUGCUGGAGAAUCCUGCUCAUAGAGGCUUUUACCAGGAGGCUUUUGAGGUGUCUUAUUCUGAGGAAGAGGAGGAUGAGGGAGAUGAGAGUCACUCUUCUUCCUCUGACACUCUAACAUGCAGUAUUCCAGAGGACCUGGAGGAGACGAUCAAUCUUUCACAUGAACAAAGGGAGGAUAUGUCUGAAAUGAAUCCUCAGGAUACUGUAAAGGAGGUGGAGAGCACGGCUCAUGAAGCAGACAAAUAUCCAGAAGAGCCUGGAGGUGGUGUUUUGUAUUUGAAGCCUGGGUUUGAAGAAAUGUUUGGUCAGAAUGCUGGAACUGGAGAUGUGAAAGAAAAGGUUUACCAAACCUUUAUUCCUGAAACUGUGACUGAGAGUGGUUUGAAUGAUGAACCCGUUACUACAGAUGAAAGGAACAUUACUGCAGCUUCUUCAGCCUUGCAAGAAUCAUCAAAACAGGAGACAUUUGACAUCAGUCCACAAAUAAACUCACCUUUGAUAGAAACUGCAGUUAAAGAAACACAUCUGAUUCCUUCAAGACCUAUUACGCCAUUUUGGAGGAAGAAACCCUGCGAUGAGCACAAAGAAGAUGAUGACACACACCUAUGUUUGUCUCCGACUAACCAUUCACAUGCGGAAGUCUUAAAAGGUCUGAAAGAGCCAAAAGAAGUCAAUUUAAGUACCUAUAGAGGAAUAAAAGGAACUCAAAAAUCCAAGGAAAUUCCUGAUGCUACACCUGGUUCUCCUGGUUACGAAGAUGAUGUGGAUAAUCUGCCCUGGAGUCAUCUUUGUACCCAUAUUUCCACAAAACUGAGCUUUUUAAGAAGAGCUUUGGACGACAAGCAAACCAUGAUCUUUACAGAUGAUGGAGAGAAAAGGAAAACGGUUUCAGAGGAAGAGAUAUCUGCUUCAUCCGCUUUACAACAAAUACAUGACACCACUGCUAUGAUGGGACAAAUGCUUUAUGAGGUGACGGCCUCAAGUUCUCCCCAUCUAGAUGUAAAGAAGAAGAUGUAUGAGACUUUGCAGAGGGUCCUCCAUUGUCUCAACUCAUUAACCCACCUUCUGACUCCUAAGGAAAGCUUAGCAGGGGACCCUCAGUUGAUGCUGCUGCAGCUGGAGUGUUUAUCAGCUCAGCUGGUUACUAUGACUGAGCUGAUGGGUAAAAUGGAAUCGCAGAUCAGACCUUCUUUACUGGUGGAAGAAUCAGAAGCUCAAAGCUGUUUGACGUCCCUUCAGGAUUAUCUUCAUAUGGUCCAGCUUCUCCUCAACUCCUCCCACAAUCAGCUGGUGAAACACUCAGGGCUACAGAACCAAGAUCAGACUGUCUUCCUCCUGAAACAGGUGGAAGACAGUUUAACAGCAAAAUGGACCAGCCAUAUUCCCAACCGCAGCAAACUUCAAGUUGCUCUCUGCAGACGCAAGAAACUCCUCCAGGUCUUCAGAUCCCAGCUGUCUUUUCUUCAGUUUAUUUUCCAACAUGAACCUAAUGCACUCAAGAGCCAAGAAGAUGAAUGGCUGCAUCUGGAGGCCAGGGCUAAAGAUCUGCAGCAACAAGUUCUGGAGGAAGAAAUUACUUCUCAAAAGAGACUUAAGGAUUGGAUCCGUUGGGAAAAGCUUUGUGGUCAACUUGGAGGGAUGUUGGAUGAGUCUGAAGCCUUUAUAGGUAGAGAACCUGAAGGAGAUGAUGAUGAUGAGGAGGAGACAAUAGAACGGAGACUACAUGCCUGUGAGCAAACUCUGCUCCAGCUGGAAGAGAGCAGAGCUCUGUUGGGUGCGCUUCUGGAUCACAGGGCGGUUCUGCAGGCAGAGCCAUGGUUCAGUACCUGGGUCAGACCGGCAGGGGGCGCUCUGGAGCUGAGAUGGAAAAGUGUCUACAGACAUAUAGAACAAGAGAUCCUGCGCCUAAGAAACAUCCAGGAAAGCAGGUCCAGAUUCCAGGCCGACCUUCCUUUGGUCAGUGAAUGUCUGCUCGGUGCCAGCAAACACCUGAAGACUUUGUCAGAUCUGGCAGAUUCCUCAAACCUGAGUCAGGAGACUCUUCAAAGAAGUUUGGUUGAGCUGCUGGACCUCUCCAUGGAGCUGGAAGCCACGUCUGCACAGAAAGAGUCACUUUCCAAAGAGGUCACUCGACUUCUCCACCUAAAGGAAGUUGAUUGUCCUGAACUGAGAGGUCAGAUCUUACAGCUGGAGGCCAACUGCACCCAGCUGACCUCUGACCUUUCCAAGAUACAGGAGCUUCUACUACAGCGCCUGGUGCCUGCCCAGCCACCACUAAAUAUGCUGCCUAGACUGGAGAAGUGGAUGAAGGAAAGGGAAGCGCAGCUGAACCAGCAGAAGGAAAGAGUCCCGAAGGCCCAAAACGCAGCUGAGAUUGCUGAAAUUCUGCAGCACUGCCGGGUGUUAAGGAUAGCUGUGGGCAGUCUUCAACAACUCAUUGAUUUUAUGUCUCAGCCUGGCGCUAAUGUGGCGACAGAAAAUGUCCAAACUCGCCGCUUUGAAUGCACAACCUUCGCAGAGAAGCUCGGCAGUGUUAGACUUCAGUGGCUGCUCCUUCAGAGGGAGCUGGACAUCCAGAUUCACGAACUAGAACACAUCCAUCACGCUUGUGCAGAACGAGAAAGACAUCUGCAGAGACUGCACAGCUGGACGGAACAGCAGAAAAGUAGAAUGAAUCAGUGGAAACAGUCCACUGGUCAAACUUUGGCUCGCUAUGCGGUUGUAGAGUUGGAGGCUGAUCUUAGCAGAAUCAAGGAGGUUUCUGCAGCUCUGCAGGAACUGAAAACAGUACAAAUACAUUAUGAGAAGGAAAAAAAGCUCCUGUGUGAUGGGAUCUUCUGUGAUCAAGCAGAGAGUGUGAGAAGGACUUGUAUUGAUCUUUAUCAACAGAUGGAAGAUAUCAAACCAGUUCUUGAAGAAACCGUGGAGAAGUGGACAUGUUUCCACAGAGCUCUGGGGGAUGUUGCCUUGUAUACCACUAGGGCGUGCUGUGCCCUGCAGCAGCAGCAGGCACCACUCUUCUCCCUGCAGCAGGCUGAAGGAUACUUAGGAAUCCUUGAGGACCUCCAGGUGAAGGUGGAGGCAGAGGGAGAGCAAUUUUGGACGGCUGCAGACAAAUCCUACAAGGGGCUUGUGGAAACUCUCCCUGAUGGAUCAGCGCAGCCACUUAGUGAUCAAGUAGAGGAGCUGCGAAAAGGAUCGAAGGACAUUCUCCAAGAGAUAAGAGAUGAGCAGAAAAAGAUUAGACAGACCAUCUCCCUUUGGCAUGAUUAUGCUAAGCUUUCUCAGAGCAUUUUUGGACGCCGGCAACACCUGUGGAAUGAAUGGGAGACAAGUUCUUCACCUGGAAAUGAUGCAGAAGCAUCAGUUUGCUCACUGAAGAGGCUGCAGGAUGCUGCUGAAGAGCUACAGAACAAUGCGGGAGAUGUAGUGGCAGCCUCCAAAGGUCUUCUUGGACGACUUGAACCGUUAUCUGCUAGUUUAAUUAAAUCAGAGGCUAGAUUACUGACCCGUGAUAUCCUUCUGCUGAACCAGGCAAUAUCAGGAAAAAGACAAAAUCUUGAGGAGGAUUUGGAACUAGAGACCCUUGGCUUGUAUGAUACAGAUCCUCUACAGGCUCUUUUAAAACUUAGCAAUACCAUUCCAUCGCUAGAAGACGUUAGAGAGACGAGUGGCAACAUCAACAUCGACGAGGAGAUGGAGAGAGUUCAGCCAAUCAGCAGGCAGUGGAUGGAAACCUUUACCCAGGCAACAGAUGAAAACAAAACCUUGCAAGGCAAGCCUCACAGCACCCGUGACUUUCAAGAAAAGAGGGAAAAACUGAAGCGUAUCCAGGAGAACUUGGAGCGAGAAUCAGCAUGCAGAAAAUCUCUGAGUUACUCAAACCUUAAACAGAUACUGAUUGUCCAUCAGAAUCUUCAGGCUGAGGUCAUAAAUGGGCAUCAGCUCCUUCAAGGUCUUCUCUGUGAUGCAGUCAAGGCCACAGAAACUGAAACUGGAGAAAAAAGGUCUGAACUUAUGCGUGAAGCGGCCUGUUUAAGGAGGAGCUGGUCCAGUUCUGUGGCUCUAGCUGCAGAUAACUGGUGUCUGACUAAGGAGCAUCUGAAGUUGUGGAGAAAAUACCAACAUGGUUUUAAACAGCUAAAGAAGCUAUUCAGAGAGGUGGACUCUAUUCUGCCCCCUACAGGACCAUGUCUUCACACAGUGCAGCAGCUGCACUUCUAUCAAAAUGUUCACCCGCUUAUUGACGACUCUCUAGGUCUGCACUCCUCUGUGUACACCCAGACUGUGGAAGCUGGGAACUGUUUGUGUGAAAUCGUUACAGAGUCAGAAAGUCAGAAUCAGCUGCAGUCAGAGCUUCAGGAUCUACAGAAGGCCUGGGAGCGAACCGCCUCCCACCAAAGAAAGAACAGAGAUCUGAUUAAUAACACCGUACAGAUGUGGUCUCGGAGUCAGAAAGAAACAAGCAACAUCUUGUCUGGACUGGACAAGGUGAGCCAUCUGCUUGCUGAAGGGCCAGAAGACUCCAAGGAAGAAGCACAGGUCCAGGAGGCUGAGCUCCUUCUGCAACAUUUGGAGGGCGGACUGAGGGAGCUGGCCACCAUGAAGACGGACCUGUCCCAGUAUGUUGCCGCCAGUGACUCUGCUCUGCUGGAGCAACAGCUGGAACUGCUCCACACUCAGUGGGAAGAGCUGUGCUUGAAGGUGUCCUUACGCAGACAGGAAAUCGCUGACCGCCUUGAUGCCUGGACCAUUUUUAAUGACAAGAACAAAGAGUUCUGUGAUUGGCUGAUGCAGAUGGAGAACAAGGUGUGCCACAGUGCAGAUCUGUGCAUAGAGGAAAUGGUGGAGAAACUGAAAAAGGAUUGUAUGGAGGAAAUUAACUUGUUCAGUGAGAACAAGAGCCACCUGAAGCAGUUGGGAGAACAGCUGCUGUUAGCCAGCGACGAGGCCAAGCAGACCCAGGUCUGUGGGUCGCUACAAGAAGUCAAUCAGCGAUGGCAAAACCUCUUUCCGCAAAUUGAAGCCAGGGUGAAGAAGCUAAAGGAGACUCUGGCGAAGUUGCAGCAGCUGGAUAAGAACAUGAGCAACCUGCGCUCAUGGCUUUCACGCAUCGAGGCCGAGCUGUCCAGACCAAUCACCUACAGCGUCUGCCAUGAGAAGGAGAUCCAGAAGAGGCUCGCUGAACAGCAGGAUCUGCAGCGGGACAUUGAGCAGCACACGGAAGGUGUAGCAUCAGUCCUCAGUCUGUGUGACACCUUGCUGCAUGAUGAUGAUGCUGCAGGCGGCUUCGAGGCGGAGAGCGACUCCCUGCAGGAAACUAGCCGCAGCCUAGACCAACAAUGGAGGACCAUCUGUGCUCUAGCGCUGGAAAGAAGGCUCAGGAUCGAGGAAACUUGGACGCUCUGGUGCAAGUUCCUUAACGACUACUCCCACUUCGAGGAUUGGCUCAAGAUAGCCGAGAGAAUGGCUGCCAGUCCAAACUCUGCAGACGUUCUCUAUUCUGUAGCCAAGGAGGAGCUCAAGAAGUUUGAGGUUUUCCAAAGGCAGGUUAAUGAGCGGCUGACUCAGCUGGAACUCAUCAACAACCAGUAUCGCCGCCUGGCCCGGGAGAACCGCACUGACAGAGCCAGCCAGCUGAAAGCCAUGGUCAGAGAGGGCAACCAGCGCUGGGACAGCCUGCACCGCCGGGUGGCUGCCAUCCUACGCAGGCUAAAGUUUUUUACCAGCCAAAGGGAGGAAUUUGAAGGCACCAGGGAGAGUAUGCUUGUUUGGCUGACUGAACUGGACUUGCAGCUUACCAACGUGGAACAUUUUUCAGAGAGCGACGUCCAUCAGAAGAUACAACAGCUCAAUAGUUUCCAAAAGGAGAUCACCCUGAACACUGAGCGUAUUGACGGGUUGAUAGUGUUUGGUGAGGCUCUGAUCCAGAAAAGUUCACCGCAGGAUGCGGCUCUGAUAGAGGAUGAGCUGGAGGAGCUUCACUCUUACUGCCAGGAGGUUUUCAGCAGGCUGGUCCGCUUCCACCAACGUCUGAGUCAGCCCCCGAGGAUCAGAGAGGAACCAGACAUCACUGAUCUCACCUUUUCACUGGAAUCAAGCCUGGAGCUGAUUGGUCGACCGUGGCUUGGGAGGCAAUUAAGUCUGCCGGCCACGCCCACCCACCUGCUCAGCUCUCCUCUGGAGUGUUCAGGGCGGGAGACCCCGGUGAGCGUUGACUCCCUGCCUCUGGAGUGGGACCACACCGGAGACGUGGGAGGGUCAUCAUCCCAUGAGGAUGACGAGGAAGAUGAAGAACACAAAGAUGGGGGGGCUUACUUCAGUGCACUAUCAGUUUCAAGCAGAUCUGUUCUUGAUCAUUCAUGGAGAACACCGGAAACCACAGCAGCUCAUCUGGAAGCAGAGGGACAGGCUGAGCCCAGUCCUGCUCUAACAAGCACUCCUCUGAAAGAUGGUUAUCUGCAGCUCAUGUCCCAGUGCAGCGGCAGCAUCGAGAACAUAAAGAGAGUCUCGCUCAUCCUGGAUGAUGAUGAUGAGGAGCAGCCAGAUGAGUUUGGUUUGACCGGACUGAACGCUUCAGACAACCAAUCAGGUGUUAUUGAACGCUGGGAGCUGCUCCGGGCCCAGUCAAGGUGCAGUCAGCAGUCAGACACUCAGGAUCCUCAGCAGAUUACUGUUGACUUGGACAGAAUGACUUCCUGGUUAGAAAACGUUAUCCCUGAGCUGGACCGCCUGCGGCAGUCAGAACCAGAAGGUGGCAUAGAGGACAUCGAAGUCAGAGCCAAAGAGCUGAAGGAAAUGGAAAAGGUGUUUUGCCACUACAAGACCAUCAUGCUGUCUGUCAACCUGCAGGCCAAAGAGGCACCAGAGCUACAGGACAGACUGACCAGGGUGAACGCAGACUGGAGCAGAGCCUGUACAGGACUGCAGCAGUGGGACCACAGCCUGAGAAAGAAGCUGAUUCGCUGCCAAGAGUUUCAUGAAACCCUUCACUCUCUGCUGCUGUGGCUCCCCUGGGCUGAGAGCAGAUGCUGUGCAGUUGACAUAAAGCACCCAGAAACAAGUGUUAAAGCACUGCAAAAACAACAAAACACGCUGAGGGAGUUGCAGGUGGAGCUGCGAGGCAGACAGGCUAACCAGGCCUCCCUUCAGGCUCUCUGGUCUCAGCUCCAGCCCAAAGACGGUGCAGAGGAGAUGGAUGAAGCCCAGGAGAAGCUGCAUGUGACGUGUAACAAGCUGAGGCAGCUCACUAAGAAAGUGGACCAGGACCUCAGCAUUCUGCAGCAGCGCUUGUUGAUUCAGGAUGCUGAUGGUGCUGAAGCAGACACAUCUCAGGAGGCUGACUAUUCCAAAACAGAAUCCUCCCUUCAAAGGUACGGUGCAUGCAGAGAAUGCAUGUUUCUGCGCAGUGCAACACAUUCAAGAUGGACUUUUUUUUUUUUGACUCCAUUUGUGUUUUGCAGGCAAAGGGACUCAUCCCCACCUCGAUCGUUCUUUUACCGCCUCUUUCGGGCCAUCUUCCCCCUCCAGCUCCUGCUGCUGCUUCUUCUGCUCCUCCCCUGCCUGAUUCCCUUGUCAGAAAGCGACUCCAGCUGCACUGUGACCAACAACUUCGCCAGAUCCUUUUACCCCAUGUUGCACUACACUAACGGGCCGCCGCCCACCUAAUAGAGACUUGAAUUGAACGGAAGACAUUUCCCAAGAACGCAUGAGGGACCUUUCAGGAAAAGUAUCAGCCAAAGUAAUAAAAAUAAAAAAGAAAGCAAAACAAAAGUAUUAAAACCCCUUACACUUCCAUUUCAACUAAAUUCAUCAAAGUAUGUUACUUUUUUUGAAAGAUCAACACAAAGGAGCACAUAACUUAAGUGGAAAUUCUGAAAAUUUCUUUUGAACAAAGACCAGAAACUUGU